AUGUCCUCUGUCAAUCCCAUCAUCCCAGGCUUUGCGCCAGACCCGUCCGUCGUCCAGGUGGGAGACUGGUUCUUCCUCUGCAAUUCCACCUUUCAUCUCUUCCCCGGUCUGCCCGUCUAUGCCUCGCAGGAUCUCGUGUCGUGGAAGCAGAUCGGAAACGCCAUCAACCGGCCAUCCCAGCUCAGCCUCAGCAAGUCCGACACCCGUCUCCACCCGUUGCAAGACAAAGACGCCGUGUUGGUGGCCUGUGGAGGCUUGUAUGCGCCGACCAUCCGCUACAAGGACGGCACCUUCUACAUCGUCUGCACCAAUGUCAUCAACGACGGCCCCAAGACCACCACCGCCAACUUCAUCGUCUCCACCGCCGACAUCUGGUCCGAUACGUGGAGCGACCCGGUGUACUUUGAGUUCGACGGCAUCGACCCCAGCAUCUUCUUCGAUGAGCCCACCGGCAAGACCUACAUCCAGGGGUCCGCGGCCCCCGGACCGCACACGACCAUCAACCUAUUCGAGGUCGAUCUGACCACCGGUCGCAAGCUCUCGGACGAAAGAACCAUCUGGCGUGGCACCGGCGGAAUCUACCCGGAGGGUCCCCAUUUGUACAGCCGCAACGGCUGGUACUACCUGCUCAUCGCUGAGGGCGGCACUCACGAAGGGCACAUGGUGACUAUGGCACGCGCAAAGGACAUCUGGGGCCCGUACGAGGCUUGUCCCAGCAACCCCAUCCUGACGGCCCGCGACACCGACGAGUAUAUCCAGUACACCGGCCACUGCGAGAUCUUCGAGGACCGCAGGACCGGAAAGUGGUGGUGCACCUGUCUUGGCGGGCGAAGGGACCGCGACGGCCGAGUCAUCAUGGGCCGCGAGACCUUUAUCACGGCGAUGGACUGGAGUGGCGAGUGGCCCGUCGUUGAUCAGGUCAAGCUGUCGCCGAGGGGUCUUGCGAUCGACGCAGCCCGUCCCCGUUUGGAGGCUGUGCCGGGGGUCGACUUCCUGUAUAUCCACGAUCCGGUCUUGGAAAACUAUAGUCUGGCUGGUACCUCUGGCACGCUGACGGCGUCCCGGGUUGAUCUUUCGCACCCGCAGCUGAGUCCUUCGUUUGUCGGAAAGCGGCAGCGCCAGUUGAGCGGCAAGAGCUGUGUGAGAAUUCGGAACAUCGACCAAGCCUGGGGUGCAGAGAAGCUUCGCACUGGGUUAGCAUCAUUCAAAGACGAACACCGCUAUGUGUGGAUCUACUACGAUGCGGCGGCGCUUGCCGUGGUUGUGGAGCUGGUCAAUAAAGCAAAGGGCAUACAGCGGGUGGAGAGGCGUCCGCUGGACAGUGCCCCUAGUUCUUUGGAUCUGCGCAUUGAGUAUACGGAGAGCGAGUAUCGUCUGCUGUAUUCGACCGAGGGUCCUGCGCCAUGGACGCAUGUGGCAACAGUCGACACGCUCGACCUGACGGACCCUGAUUUCACGGGACCAGUAUUCGGGGUAUGCGCAUUCGCAGAACAGGAUGGCACCAAGGUUGAGUUCCAAGACCUCUCCAUUGACUAG